UGUCACUUCACGGUUUUGGUGGAACUGGAUGUGGAUGUGGAUGCGAAGAGGCAGGGAAAUGGAAAGACAAGGCGGAGACUGGGGGCGACCGCAUCAUCAUUCAAAUUCUUCGGUCUUUUCCAACAGACCGUUCGUAUCUACAACCUCAUUUUGCUCCUUUUACCUUUACUUUUGUUUCACUCCAGGAUCUCAUUAAUAGCUGCGGGCGCUGCAUAAUUUCAACAAUCCGUCCAUCCAAGCCCAGCCCAGCCUGGUCUUAGCUGAACCGCGAUAUCCAAGUUUCUCUCAUUCCCGAGAAGGAUCGUCAACACCACGCGCAAUCCUCACCUCGCAACCCUCUCUUCUCCGCCCCUCCUCCCUACCGAAGCCUCCGCAGCAUCAAUGCUCUUAUGGUUACGGCGAUAGGGCUGUCGUGAGGUCCGAGUCGCUGUAGAUUGCCCACCAUGGCGCGUCCUUUCCCAAACACCUUCGACAAGGAUUCCCCAAUGUGAGGAGACUGAAGAUGGAUCCAUGCUUCACGUCAUCGAUUGCUAACAGUCUACCAGGAGCCCACAAUCUGCCAUCUCUUACCAGACGAAUGUCAACCGACAGAAGACGAAGAAAUGGACAGAGGCAAAACCUGUAGAUUAUGGCGGAGAUGACUGGGGCGACGAUGAUGAUUACGACCCGCCUCCCCCUCCGAUCUCUAAACCGACCGGAUUGCGACAGCAAGGGCAAGGGCUAGCAAGUGCUUCGAAAGUGGAAUCACCAGUUGGAGACGGCAGCAAGAAAUAUGGCGAACUCCCAGCAUUGCCAGGAGCGAGCAACUCUAGACCACGAGCGAAUUCCUUCGAUGCCGAUGACGAGAGGCGUGCUUUUUCAAGCAGCGCAGCUCAACCUCCUCCAGCAUCCAAUGCCCCAGCUACAAGGUUCUCCCAAAUAACAGGUGUAGCAACGCCUCGGAAUGCGAGUGGUCCUCCAGCACUUUCCAUCAGUACUCAACAACCUGCUCAGCCUCCUGUUGGUCUUCGAAAACCUGGUAUCUCGCCCGUCGUCGAAUCUCCACAUCCCGAUAUAAUGAUACCCGGACCAGGAAGGGUCAAUACAGGGGGAAGCUCUAUCACAUCUCCUAUUUCUGACAUACGAACACCUUCGGCAUCGAGCGAUUUUCAGGCUCGACGGGAUUUCUCGCCUUCUGCAGUUCCCCCUCCACUCACUACUCGCGCUUCUCCAGCACCUCAAAGUGCGACAGAGGCGACCCCUAACCAGAGAUUUCCAGCUCGUAAAAGCAGCUUAAGCCAGGUUAGUAGUCCUCCUUUGGACGAGAUUAUGAGUGGGGGUGCCCUGGAUACUACCCCUAAGCCGUGGAUUGGAGCAAGGCCGGCCUCCCCAGGAAUAGGUGCGAAGUCACCCAUCAGUCCAUCCAAGGCCCUUCCGUUUAUCAGACCUGCAGAUAUUUACCGGCGAGCCGAAGAAGAACGGAGACAGUCAAUCGAAUCUGCUGGUAGGCCAAGUAUGGACUCUCUUAUGGGAUCUAAAUCCAGUGAUAGAUCAGAAUCUCCUUCGGGGCCAUAUGCCAAAGGCGGUCCAGAGAUCGGCGCUGCCAGGCGGAGAGCAAGUUUUGAGACCGACGAGACGUCUGACUCUAACCGACGUUUAAUGCCCAUGCUGGAACCUGUCAAGGAGAGGAAAAGCGAAUAUGGCUUCGAGGGCUUCAACGUCAACGAUCAUAAUCCACAGCAAAGGCAAGAAACUGAAAGUCGUAGUCUAGUUGUUGAAGAAGCACGUCGACAAUCAACUAGCCCUAAACUACCAGACCUCACCAGAGUGUCUGGUUUUGGCUUAGACAUGUUUUCAUCUCAUGAUAUGGAAGCUAUACGCAAAGAGCCUGAAACAACGACUACAACUGCAACGCUCUCCUCCCCAGAGCAGGAUUUGAAGCUAAGAGAACAGCCCUCGUUUGGUUUUAAGUCUGUCGUCAACCAGGCUUUCGAUACGACCGACGAUCAUUCACUCCCUGAUACGCCCGCCUCAAGAAGCGGAAGUGGAGUGAAUCGUACUGAUAGUGAAAGUACUGGCACUGGCGGGAUAAGUCCUAUCAUGAGCAGAGUAUCUAGCUCGGCCGUUCCCGCAGAAGCUCGAAACCGAGACACACCAACACCUGCUAUCAUGGAAACAGCCGAGCCUGAUUCUCCUGAGACGGCAGGAAAAUUCGGUGUCCGUGGGGGUGACUUUGCAGCGCCACAAGCUCCUGGAUUCAAACCGGGUCAUCGUCGAGAUAUUAGUGCACCUAGCCCCGGUAACAGUCCUGCUCCAACACCUGAUUUAGCUACGUCCCAAGUUGUUCCUGGAAGUCAACACGCUAUUGUAGACGAUACACCUCUCGACGUUGCUUCGCCUGCGAGUGAGGAGCCACUUCAUCCUCCACGUCCAUUUGCAGAGCGUGAACAUAGUUUCCGCCCUUCACUCCCAGGAGGAUGGACAUCAUAUGCGACGACAGCGCGGAGCGAAACUCCCACCCAGCCAGCGGUUGAGACUCCUGUCAAUGAAGUGGCACCAACGCAGGAGCCGACAGGAGUGGCACCAACGCAAGAUGACGAUGAUUAUGAUUUGACUCCAACAACUACCAAGCGAUCUUUGCCCGGAAGUGCUCUGGGUGCAACUAUUGCUGGAGCUGCCCUGGGCGGUGCUGCUCUUGGAAGACAUGAUCAUAAUAGCCCAUCUCAGACUCCGCUAGAUGAGAGCUCAAGAGCUUUAGGCAGCCCUCCUGCUCUAGGCUCUCCAGCCUUAACAAGUGGAAACACCAUUGCACCCCAAAUCCUGGAGGGGCUGCCGAAGCUCGAGCAAGCUCCAGCGGAGACACAGUUACGUCCAGACGUUGUGGAUAGACCUGUGUCUACUCAGUCAACUCCUCCCCCACCACCACCAAAAGAUACACCAACUGGUGACGUCGAUGGCCGGAGUUCAGAUUACUUCCCAAGAUCAGCGACGCCAGUGGUGGAGAGCUCUGCAGCUGGUCCUGGCACUGAAGAGGUGUCACAAUCACCAACCAGACCACAAGUCAUUCCUACUUUGAGCACCGAUUCCGUGGAUGAUGACGAAGAGAAUGACAAGCUUCGACAAGAAAUUGUCAAGAGUCUGACCCCCUCGCCUUCGAAUGCAACUGCACAUACCAAUAGUGCCCAGUCUGAUCGAGCGGACGAGAGCAGUCUCAGUAAUCCAAAUCGUGAAAGUUCUUACCUUCCAAGCGAGUAUGACAACUACUGGGCGACGACAGGUCAAGACCAAGAGGUCCCCGCUAUUCCAGGCGUGCACAAGGAUGUAUCUGAUGCUAUUUCGGCCAACGAAGGCUCAAAUAAUCCUGGCCUUGAGUCCCCAGUCCCAGCUCCGCUGAGCCCUCGUCGGCCUGAUGAGUCUUUGCAGCCUCCUCGACCUGCACUCCAGAGUCGAUUUUCAUGGGAGCAGAGCACAGAAGACGUGAAUGCUGGCCUGAAUCGUGACCAAGGAUACCUCGCUACGGAAACUUCGGCCAUUGGCCCCGCUGCCAGUGAAUUGCCCGGUUCUGUUGUACCCGUUCAGGAAGAGAAAGAAGUGGCCCCUCAGUCACCAGAGCCAAAAACAAUUAAUGAUCCAGUUGAGGACCACCACGGUACCAGAGACGCUGCUCUCAUAGCUGGCGGAGCUGCAUUGAUUGGAGGCGCUGCAGCAGUGACCUACUCAGACAAGCCGGAGGAAAAAUCUCGUCGGCUAUCGUUAGCUGAGGAGAAAGAUCCCCGGGUCUCCUCCAACCCCGUUUCUCCAACACCACCCGAGGAUGAGCAUCCAUCCAGAUCUCCACAACACCAGUUUCCAACUUCUCCAGAAGCUUAUCAGCAUUCACCAGCUCCUCCCAGUACGGUCUCGCCUGUCACAUCGUCUGUACAUCCGUUUCCGGCACCACCGCCGGGUAGACUCCUCGCAUUCCGAGAAAUCGUCGCUAUGAAGUCGCCUCAGGAACGAAUCAAGACAUUUGACGAGACAAGAUAUCGUUUUGCGACUAUGGAUUCUGGUCUGAAUGACUGGAUUUCGAAGUUGCAAGGGCAGUUUCCUGAUGAGCACGGUGGUGUGACAGGAUCUUGGGGGAAUUCAAGAAGCAGCAUGCCCAGUGGCUCAGCGCGAGGCAAAUUUACUAAGGCAGCAGCAAGUGGCCAGGCAGCACCUCUACAGCAGCCAUACUAUCAGCAAUAUCUGAAUGCUAGCUCUCCACCAGCACCGUCGACGCCAGUCAGUGGUGGCCCACGACCUGCGCCUAGUAUGCCAUCCGGUUCGCAGCAAGGCUUUUCAUCCGCUGGUAGUAAAAUUACUACACAUCAGGUUCAGGCUAAAGGAAAGGAACUACUUCAUACUGCUGGUAUAUUUGGUGGUAAGGCAGGCAAGGCCGGGAAGGGAUUACUUGCAAAGGGCAAGAACAAGCUUCGAGCUGCCGGUGGCGGCGACAAGACAAGUCCACCACCCCCCAAGCCUAAAGCAGACCGCCGCUCUUCUUGGGGCCUCCCACUCUCCAUUUCCAGAUCCUCAGGCCGACCAGAUGCCAUGUCCCGGAACUCACGAGAAAGCACCCCCAGUUCUAUUCUUGGCCGCUCAAGAACAAAUACCAUUCCUUCAGGGGAGCCACCCGCCCCGCCGCAACUCCCGGCUGUCGCGACCGGUUAUUCUCUGGGUGGUGUUAUGAGUGGAGCGCUCCCAUCCGAACAUCCCGAGCCAUCGAGGGAGGAAACCUUAACCACGCAUCCAAUCGCCUCACAUUCCCCAGCUAAUCACCAAACUCAAGAUGUUUCCCAAUCGGAGACGAGAGAUACCCUUGGUGUUCCGGCUCCAAUUGGUAAGAAUCAACCUAGUUGGGACCCAUUCAAUGCCACGCCCAUUGCUGAGGAAGAUGGCUUUCACUACGAGGAGAGACCGAAACCUCGGCUCUCGUCCGAUCCGGAUGGUAAUGCAGAUGGGUUAUCUGUGCCGGCUGAUAAUUUGGCGAAGAGUGAUCGGUCCAAUAGUUCGGAUGCGCAGUUCUUUGAUGCACGUGAGGAUUCGGAGGAUGUCAAUGAUGACUGGGUGAUCGUGAAGCCUGAACAGGAAGCGAAUGCUGUCGGUCUCCCUUCUGGCUCAAUGCCAGCAUCGAAUAUUGAGCCAGCUGGACAACAAAGCCAAGAUAAACCUGUGGCCAGUAUUCUAGACCGGCCAAGAGGAAGUUUCAGCCAGGAGCUUUCGCCGCAGUUCCCAGUUCAAGCAAGAGUGGAGGCGGGUUCUACACAGAGUGUAGAGGGCGGACCAACGACAAGUAUCCUGAAUCGCCCAAGAGGCAGUUUCAGUUACGACACUCCUCCAGGAUCGUCACCAAAGCCAAUAACCUCUCCUUUCUCAAGUCCACCACUAUCGAAUACAACACAAUCUUCCCAACUUAUACGGAGGUCCGUAACACCUCCUGCUCCCAUCGCUGCAGCAGUCACCGUACCUGCUUCUCAGCGCACGCCUUCGCCGCAAAAGGCUGCGGAAGCACAAGCACAGCCUGAGAAACAGAGCGGUUCAUCAUCUUUCUUACCGCCUAUUCGACGGACUUCUACGUUUGGGAUUGGCUUUGGUUCGAGACAGCCUAAGCAGAGGUUUGCUAUUGAUGAUAAGGAGGAAGCGAGUUCACCGAGAGUGGAUGUUGUUGAGUCUCCAAGAUCUGUGGAACAGCCUGGCCAGGAGCUGAAAGGCGAUCAUUCCCGUGGGUUGGCAGGAGCGGCUGUUGGGGCGGCUGUGGUUACUGGUAUUGCUAGUCAGAGAAACAACCGGCACGAUGGCCAAAGCGAGAAUCAGCGUCCCCUUUCUUUCCAUCAAGCUCAGGCCGAGCCUGUGCCAUCUCAGAGACAAGGAAGUUUCUCUGCUGAAUCUACUGGUUUGAGCCCUCCAGACGAUACCAAUACAUGGGGCGUGCGGGAUGAGGGACCACAGAACCAGGUACAUCCACCUCUACCUCCAUCAUCUGGGAAACAGAGACAAGCUUCUUUUCCACCACCUGGGUUUGUUACAGAUCCAACGCCACUGAAAGGCCUUGCGGGCGGUCAGCAUUCAAAUAAUGAACCAGUUUUCGCUGCAGAGCCAGAGGAGCUUAGUCCUCGAGAUGAUACGAACACUUGGGCCGUUCAUGAUGAGCUUCCUCCUAAUCUGAUCCAUCCACCAUUGCCAGGCGCGUCUGGCAAGCAACGACAGAGUUCCUUCCCACCACCAGGUUUUGCAAUUGACGCGAAUGUCCAUGGGUCUUCGCAAGCUACUCAGCUGGUGGAUACACGAAACCCAAUGCCAGAGACUCCUCUCAAUGCUCAAACGGGCGUGCCAAAUUCACAGAACCAACGGCAAGCUUCAUUCCCACCACCGGGCUUUCAAGUCGACUCUCAAGCUCAUGGUCCUCCAGAGACCAUUCGAGGGGUAAAUCUCACUGAUGUAGCGCCUCGAACACCAUCUCAUGCGAGGAAAAAUUCAAAUGAGCCAGGAUCCCGGCCUCUAUCCUUCCAACGAACUCCACCUCAUGCAACAGGACACCAACGCCAGCCUUCUCUACCACUAAGCUUCACUCGAGAGCCUGAGGAGAUUGGUCAUUCUACUGAAAACGUUGGAGAAGGAAGCUCGACUUACGGAUCGGACCCUCAACGGCACAUGUCGUUGCCUCCACCAUCAAGAGACCCCGAGAAGGAAGAUUUCGGCAUCCCGCAGAAGUCUUCACAAAGGCAAUCUUUCCAGGGACCUCCAGCCCAGACCUCUCCACCACAAGAUCCUAAAGCUAUGUUCACUCCACCUCGAGCAGAUAAUAUACUACAGCGUCCUGAGUUCAAAGAAUCACAAGUAGAAUGGCGACCGAAUCGACCUAGAGUUGUGACUAAGCCAUCUCAACCCUCUUACUCAUCGGAAUCCUACGGUAAAGAGACAGGUUUCUCAGCAGCUCGUACGAAUUCAUGGGAUACUCAACCACCGCCAAGGGGAUAUUCUGGAUCGAGUAGCUACAUGCAACGCCAGGAUAGCCAGUUCUCUGAAAAGGGCGGUUGGACAUCACCUCAGCAGUCAAAGCCUUUCGAGCAGCCCCCAUCUUCUGCCCAGAGAUACCCUGACCUAUUCAAGCCUGGCGGACAGCAACCUGUUGUGGAAAGCCCAAGGGAGGUGGAUCUCCCAGCUCACUACUACCAAGCUCCUAUCUCUCGAACUCAAGCCUUCUUGCCGAGACAACAAACAAAUGAGUACCAAUUACCUGGUGUCGGUCCGCCAGAACCACCACCAACCAAUCCUUCUCGUAGGAACUCGGGCUUCUUGAGAGACAUUGGUGGGAGACUCUCCCGCGGAUCUUCGAGAGAGCGACGGAACUCGGUAUCCAGAGAUCCAGAUCGUCUUUCUCCAGAACGUGGACUUGAUUCUCGAGGCGAGUAUGCCGAAUCCAGCGUGAUGUCCGAAGAUGGUCAAGAGCAGAAGAGGCGCCGAGCUAGCUUUUUCGGGCACUUGAGCCGCAACUCAUACUCAGGACAGAGUCCGCCCAAGAGUCGCGAGAGUGUCAUUGCUCACCAUGCAGGAUCUCGCACUGAUCUGCUGAUAACUCCGCAGCCGUCCCCAGUGAAACGAUCGUUCUUCGGUAGUAAUUCAUCAGAGCCUAAGGCAGCACCUAAAAAGUUGAUCAGACAAUCUACUACCGGCACGAUGGAUUCUCCCGCCAAAAAGAAAGAGAAGAACCGAUUCUCUGCUCUUGGUGGACUCUUUGGAAAACCUAGUCCUGCGAAGUCAGUCUCUCAACAACGACCCCAAGCUACAAGGGAAUUAUCUUAUGAUGAACGCCAACCCAUUGAGUCCCCGCAACCCGACCCACAGCAACGUACGCCCAACAAGUACCAGACUCCAGAUAAAGCACAAUUACGUGCCGAAUCGCAGUCUAGAAGAGGUGUACUUACCAAGCUUUCGUCAAGCGUUGCGCCGCCUCAAGAGAAAGAGAAAUCUCGACGGCCGUCAGCAGCGGGAUUACUGAAUGGAUUUAUGGGGAGGAAAUCGUAUCAGAAGGAGAAGGGCAGCGAGGAUUCGAGAUCGCAGGGGAGUGCGCCGCAGGUUGGGCCUCAGCCCUUGUUGGCGCAGACUUAUACAGAUCUUCAACAGGAGGGUCAAGGGCAAGUGCAUGCCCGAACUAGUUACAGUCGGACAAGGGAGAGUCCAUCUCCCCAUCAAUUUCAAUCCCAGCAGCACCAACAAGUUCAGAAUAGAUCUCAGACGAGAGAGAUACCGUUUCAGGACCCAAGCUUGCUUCAUCAGGAUCGAGGACGUAGAACUAGCCGAGAGCCGCAGUAUGAUAGUGUGCCUAUCCCUGGUGGAUACUCGUUGGUUAGAGGACAAGGCGCUAUGGCUGUGCCGACAGAAUAUGAUCCCAGAGGUCUGAGUCGCUAUCAACAACAACAAGCACAGCAGCAAGUUGACCCACGGUACAUGCAACCCCAACAGUACCAAAGUCCACCACCAGCCCAGUCUCAAGGAUCAAGACAUUCAUACCAGAGUGCCAACCAAUCUCCACACGGACACGACCAACAACAAGAAUACGUCCCACAGUAUACAGAGCAACCACGUCAACACCAACCAGACUCUCGAACCUCGCUAUCCCAACCCCAACCUCACCUCGGCGCUCUCGAAACCUACCGCGACUACACCACCUCCCACCGCCGCAUAAGCCACGAAGACAUCCUCGCUCGCUCCCCACCCAAACCACUAAUCGACCAACAGCGACCCUACCAGAUCUCUCUCCCCGGCGGCGAAAUCGAAGACGACGAUGACGUCGAAGUCGAAACGCCAUCUCGCUCUCAGCACCACCAACAGCAACCGCAACAACGCCAAACAUCCACCUCCCGCCCUCCACAACACGAAGUUAUCCAGCGCCUCCAACAACCCACUCUCCGGCACCCCGAAUCCCCAGCCGGGUAUCCCCUACCAGAAGACACGGUAUUCAGCCCUGUGAACCCAUCAGCUGUGGAUUUCCCGCCGCCGCCGCCACCGAAGUGGCCGGGCGGACUGGGUGAUGAGCUGGCUCCCCCUCAACUAUUACACCAGUCUCAAGACCGGAAUUUGAGUUGGAGAGGUGAUGGACAUGCCUCAGUGCUAGACAACAAUGACAGCGACCUGGAUAGAUCCAAUACCCGCCGCACAGCCGUCUCCGCCAUCUCAGGUAUCUCGGCUCCUCGUCCUCGGAGCGGAGAGAGCCAGAAUGGUGGGGCGGGCCACGCCGCUGGCCAACAGGGGGGGUUGAACGUUCCGGGCCAUCAUGAUCAAGAUGUCGGUAUGCGCGGUGGUAUUGGUGGUGGGAGUGGGGGAAGAAGUGUCAGUCCGAGCCCGACGCCGCCGAGUCCGAUGGAUGAGGAGGGUGGGAGGGAGAGAGCUGGUGAGGGCAUAAGGAGGACGGAUGUCGAUGUACCGCAGAGGGCGAGUAUGGAGGAUUUAUAUAGUGCUUCGCCGCGCUCACCGAGAGGAGGAUCUGGUGGUGGUGAUGGUAGGGGGUUUGUGGAAUCCGAUGGACAUGCCCAUCCCAACCCCAACGCAAAUGGCCAACCCAUUGGUAAAGAGAAUUCCCACCUCAAUAUCCCGCGCGAAAUUUCUAGGGAACGAUAUCAAAACCUCGGGAAUGGAAAUGCAAAUGGAAAUGCGAAUGGUGGUGUUGGAGCUGGUAUUGGAAGAGGAGGUGCAGGGACCAAACACCCGGAAGAAAAGAUCUACUACCAUAGUUCGCGGCAGCAUACCGGUGCUAUUGGACAGCAGGAUGGGCCGGCGGAGUUGGAGGAUCAUGAGACGAGUAUGAGUGCUACGAGUUAUCCGGGUCAGGAGUGGAAUCCUUAUGCGAUGGGUGCGUGGGAUGAUGGGCCUGAUGAUGUGGCUCCUACGGCUUCGUUUCGUUGAUCUGAGUGGAAGAGUACGAGCUCAGUUGGGUGAUACGAUGCAACGUGAUGUGUGUUUUCGAGAAGUGCGGUCAUUAAAUAUCGACAAACAGCGGUCGAUGGUUUGCUACCAGAUGAAAACGUCGUUGAGUCGAUGUCUCCAUGUGUGAGCUGAAGGCCCGAGAUUUCAGACGCAAUCAUUAUUAUAGGGGAAGAAGGAGGGGAAAGAGAGGGAAGAAGUAAUGUACAGCUUGACUCGGACAUCGCAGCACUUUCCUUUCGUGCAUGUAUACCCAAUCCUAGUGGAAGCUACGAAAUACAUUUAAGCAGACGGAGGUCUAAUUAUAUCUAAUAUUCGCUGUACUGUAAUGUACUGUACUGUAUAUAAAUGCCUUUACCGUCGGUGGCGGCAUAGUCUGAAGACAAUCAAUCAAUCGGGGCAGAAAGUUAUUCCGUGUCCAACAGAAUGGUCCAUGAGCUCGUACUGUACAUGAAAGGAAUAUUUUGUCGAAUCUAAGAUGACAUCUCUACUUCUGCAAUCUGAAUGCCUGUUCAAAUGCAAUCUUCUUCAUCGCUCUUUGCCCUUUGACAAUGCC